CACAAGAUAUAGCGUUUGAUUUCCAAAACCAUUUCCGUGUUCUCUUAGCAUAUUAGCAUUUAGCAACCUGCUCUGUUGAAUUAUUUGCACGUAAUUCAGACCCCGUUCGUUGUUUCCUAAAGGGCGAAUCCUCAACACAAGACAGAAAGUGGUGUCAGGUCUGGUCAAGGGUCGUCGAACAGUUAAUGCACAGAGUAAAGAGGCGGAAAAUUGAAGAUAAAAGAGAAGACAGCCCUGAAAGCGUCAGACUGGCACUGGCAGGCAUGACGGGGCCUGAAGAGCUCUCUGACAGCACAGAGGUGGUGGAAAUGGAUGACGUGAAUCCCAAUAGGUUCCAGGUGGAGAAGCAUACCUGGGAUGGCCUGAGGAAGAUCAUCCACAACAGCCACAAGAACACACGCGUGGUUAUCAACAAAGCGCCACACGACUUCCAGUUCGUCCAGAAGGAUGAGACCAGUCCGCAAUCCCACCGCAUUUACUACCUUGGAAUGCCUUACGCCAGCAGGGAUAACGCUUUACUCUACUCCGACAUUCCCAGGAAGGUCCGCAAAGAUGCUCUAUUGGUUUUGUCAUGGAAACCAAUGCUGAAUCACUUUCAGGCCAGCCCUCGCGACGGGAGCUUCUCUCGGGAGGAGGAGCUGCUGCGAGAGAGGAAACGUUUGGGGGUGUCUGGCAUCACCUCGUAUGAAUACCACCGACCCAGCGGCCUCCUGCUGUUUCAGGCCAAUAGCAGCCUGUACUACUGCAGCGACGGUGGAAACAACACUUUCACCACUACUCCAAUGCGUCCUGUUGAGAUUAAGAGCGAGAGUCCAGGAACACGCAUGGAUCCCAAGAUCUGCCACGGGGACCCCAACUUCAUUGGCUUUAUCAACAACAACGACAUCUGGGUGACCAGCAUUGAGACGGGGGAGGAGAGGAGGCUCACGUUCUGCCACAAAGGUAUUGGUAACCCAAAAGAGGACCCCAAAUCUGCCGGUAUAGCGACGUUUGUGACUCAGGAAGAGUUUGACCGUUUCACCGGAUACUGGUGGUCCCCAGCUGCUCGUGAAGAAUCCGAUGGGGGUAAAACUCUGCAGGUUCUGUACGAGGAGGUGGACGAGUCUAAUGUCGAGAUCAUUCAUGUUCCAUCUCCAGCUUUGGAAGAGCGCAAGACCGAUGUCUACAGAUACCCAUGUGCAGGCAGCAAGAAUCCCGACAUUACUCUCAAAAUAGUAGAAAUCAGGACUGACAAUCUCGGCAAAAUUAUCAGCACACAGGAGAAGGAGUUGCUUGCUCCCUUCACCAGCCUGUUCCCUUGGGCCGAGUAUAUCACCAGAGCCGGAUGGACCAAAGACGGCAAAUAUGCGUGGGCGGUGAUGAUGGACCGGCGGCAGCAGCGCCUCCAGCUCGUCCUGCUGCCUCCGGCGCUCUUCAUCCCUGCUCAUCAGGCUGAGGCCAGCAGGCAGGAGACCCUGGAGGCCCUCGGAGACUCUGUCCAUCCCUUCAUCAUCUACCAGGAGACCAGCGACAUCUGGAUCAAUGUCCACGACAUCUUCAAUCCGUUGGUCCAAACCAGUGAUGAAGAGAUCACCUUCGUAACCGUGAAUGAAUCAAAAACAGGGUUCUGCCACCUGUAUAAGAUCACCAGCAUGUUGCAGCGGGGCAGCUACGCCUGGGCCAACGGCUACACACACUCUGAAGGUAACAUCGUCACUGAGCACAGGCUGGUACCAGCAGGAAUACUUCACGGGAAACUUAUUGUGAAAAAACCAAUCCCCAUAGUUUUUUACUUUAAAGGGGAC